CGCCGAACAAGGCGCCAGGUUGCGUGUCGUGUUGUAGAGCGUAGCGGUGCUACGGUGAGCUAACAGACUUAGCGCUCCCAGGAAAGUGCCGGGUUAGAACUGGUGUAAUUUCGCCCUGAGAUAGUUGCAUUGCUGCAGUCCUGUGGUGGAGUUUCCUGCUAUAUGCUGUACUACACACAACAGAAGGAAAGACUGGAGUAGCCAUAGUCGCAAUAAAACGGAUCUAGCAACCGUGACGAAGUAACCUUGACCUCUGGGUUGGCUCAAGAUGCGCUGCUCACACUCCAUCAGUGGACAGUGUUUCUGUUAACUCUCUUAUGAACUGUGCAUUAUGGGUGUGUUUCGAACUGAACUCCUGCUCUUCACCGUGAUCGCCAGCUUCACUGCCUCUGCCGAUGGCGCAGCGAACUAUUGGGGAGCAGAUAACAGGAUCGUACCGUCAGGAUAUGGAGGUGCAGGCAGAUUCUACACACGUGACCACGUGUACGAACCGGAGUACUAUUACCCAGACGAGGAGCACAGCAACCAAAUAGGACGCCAGGUGAAUGGAGGCCCCGCGGCGCACCCCACUGCAGGAAGACACUGGAACUCCGCUCACCGAAGGCACCGCGUUCUGGCGUCACAACUCGGGAGGGUCACGGUGCCUCAGAGGAACCACCAUGUCACUGUGGGACAGAAUGGCAAGACGGAGCGAAGGACAACAGGGCUCUUCCGAUCGUCUCAGUGGGGCUCAGCUACUAUCCCGUACAAAGGCGCCAAGGUCAAUGUUCCGGUCUUGUCUGGUAACAAGAAGGCAUACCGGGGCACGAUCACUACAACUGUUCUGGGACCCCAGCAAGUGACAUCAUGGGCUGGUGACAACGAUUUGACCAAUUCUGCAUCCUCCAUGACUGAUCCAGGUUUAAAGGCAGUGCAAGAUGAACCCAACUUCAGUCCUAUUGAAAAACUGUGUGUUCGCUGCCCAGCUGACAGAUCCAUCUUCGCUGCCAAGGGAACAACAUUCGUAUUGGUGGAGCCCCCUGCAGUGAAGCCCUGUCACAAUACUGCUACCACUUGGGCCAAGUUAUCUGAAGUGCGAGUAGAAUCAUUGUUUGGCCCAUGGCCUGGAACAACUGUUGGAGAGGGAAGCUAUAAUAUGAUAAUACGUCUUAUUCACAACAGAGAGCAGCUUGCAAUGUGCAAGUAUCGCUACCAUGUGACAGUUCAGAAGUGCCCACCAUUGCACCUUCCUGAACAUGCUCAUGGGCAGUGCUCACUGAACAAUGCAUGGGGGUCUCGAUGUCAGCUAACCUGCAGCCAAGGUUACAGACUUCUGGGACACGAAGUCACCGAGUGCGGAGACAAGCUCAAAUGGACCAACCCGCUGCCACGCUGUAUAGCUGUGAAAGGUUGUCCAUUACCCAUGAGUCCAGAACAUGGCCGUUUGAGCUGCAAGACCCCUGGCAGUGGAGAAGGUUCAGACAUCAGUAGCAUUGGUGAUCUGCUUGAUGAGGGAAGUGUAUGCCGGUAUGACUGUGACCCAGGAUAUGCAGUGCCACCAUCACAAAUACACCUGGCUGUGAUAAGGUGCCGAGCUCGCUCAUGGAAUAGCACGGCAGAUCCAAGCUGCCAGGCAGAGAAUGGUAACAUGCCCCGGCUGGUGCUGGCAGACCCUGAGUAUCGCCAUCCCUUGAGGCAUCACCGGAAGGGGGCACCUUGUUGGCCCAACCCAUGCCAGGGUGGAGGGACCUGUCUCAAUGGGCCUCACCCCAGCAGGCCCAUUCUUUGCAUCUGUCCACCAGACAGGGAAGGUGAGUUCUGUGAGCGAGCCAAAUGCCAGGAGGAGAUGUGUGAGAAUGGAGGUCGGUGUAUAACACUUGGUAAUAAGGCUGUCUGCUACUGUCCACCUGAGUUCACUGGAUCCAAGUGCCAAGUCUCCCAAGGUACAAGCUAGUCUCCAGGACCUGAACAAGAUUGGUGACCUGCAUUCGCAUCACUGAUACAGGGGGUCCCGCCAGAUCAUCAGUUAAUACAAACCAAUAACUCACAUUCAACUCAAUCUCCCUAAUCAUCAGUGAUAUCACAUAUCCUGAUGACUAGUGCCAUACCUGCAGCUCAAAACCUCUCUGUCCGGCAUAUCAGCAGUGGCCACCAUGUGAUAUAUUUUAAUUCUGUUGUGUUUAGUGGUUAAAAGUGACUUCUGUGAGGAUAUAUAUACGUGCACAUCCAAGGCAAUGUCAAAUGCAGAGUCAGGAUCACUUAAUGCAAUAUGAACAAUGACUGGCACCCACAGAGCACAGCUCUGGAAUUUAGCCAGUUAAAACUCCUAUAAAAUGUUGCCCGUGUCUAGUCUACAGUAGCUAAUAGGAAGUAACAUUGUGUUCUGCUGUUAAUUUCAUCAAAUUUACUUUCUUAACUAAGCUGAAUCAAAACAGACUACCACAUCUGUAUCUGUUAUGUUAGUCGAUAAUUUAGUUACUUAAUAAUUUCCUAAAGGUGUGCAACAUUACCUUGCACUUAUGUUAGACACUGUUCUCUGAGAUACAACUCAUGCAAAAUACACAUGACAUUUCAGAAGAUGGUUCAUUUGCUAUCUUCAGGCGACUGGUUGUUGUUAUAUUGACAGGUUUGCUAUUCACUGUCAUUGUCAACACACUGAUAGCAGCUAGGGACGAACUCAGAAUCAUGUGCAUACUAAACCACAUCAGAAAUCUACUGGUAGCAUACAAGUUUGGUAAUCAAAUGCUCACGAUUUACCCAACUGUCGACAUUAAAAUCUAAAGUAAAAGAACAUGUCGGUAUGCUGAAAAAUGUAGUAAAAAUGCGUAAAGCUGUCCCUGUAACGCGAAGGCCCAGAGCAUGUGAGAGGUCGAGGCUCCCACAUCUUCUAAGACAAUACGGUAGGUUCACAGACGGCAGUAAGGCUGUGAGCCUUAUGCACCCGUCACUCUCUCAACCCCAGGGCCAUAUUGCUGCUGUAAGGAUUAGAUAAACUGAAAAAUUCAAUGACCUCAUCGGGACUCGAACCAGCGACCUUCCAAGCUUGUAACAUAGUGCCUCAACCAACUAUGCUACCACAUGUCCCAUGAGAAUGUACUGCAUAUUAAAUGUACUUUAGACAGUGGAUGAAUUCCAACUUAACUGCAGCUAAUUUAGUCAAUUCUUGUCAUAAGAUCUCCAUAAUACAUCAUCUGUUUCUGUGUUGUUUCAAAGUGAAGCCAAAGAGAUUUCUUGGACAAACAAUGCUCUUGACUUUCUUAAUUGGAAUGAUGUUUGAUAAAGAAGCCUCACCUGUUACAACAUGAUUAAAUAAAUAACUGCAUACAAACAC